GUCGAGUCAGAGAUUUUUACCCUUCUUAGCGAAAAGAGAAAACGAUAUACUUUUGUGGAGUACUUUUCCGCCUUCAUUUCAGGAAUUUGUGAAGGGGAGAGGAUCUACGAGCUGGGUCAUUCUACUUAUUUAAGUGUUCUCAGUAAAGACGUCCCAAAGAGCCAGGGCUUGGGUCGUCUGCUUGACACUCACACUGACGCGAUCGGAAGAGAGAGAGAGCGAGCUCUUCCACCGUCUCCUCUCGGUCAUGGAGUCUUCCCGAUGUUGGUGAAGCACGAGUUUCUACUACCUUGAGGGUGGACAUUCACUGAGAGGAGGUGAUAAUUUCGGGUUUCUGUAAGAUGGGUGGCAAGGAUAUGGAGAAUUAGGAGGUGGGGAGUCGGAGAGAAUGGAUGAGGCGGAGCGGAAGGUCGAGUCCCUUCGCGCCAUGUUGUUGGCGGAGAGGUCAAGAUCGAAAAUCGCCAGGCAGAAAGCUGAUCAAUUGGCGGCACGAGAAAGUUUCGAUGCAUCAUGUGGUGUUACUGAACAUGCCUGCACAUCAAGAUUUCAUAGCUUAAUGCUUGUUACUGUAGUUUAUGAAUUAGAGACACAGCUCGAGAUUGUGAACAAUCAGAAACAGAAGGCUGAGAAGGCUGCUGCAAAGGUUCUCUCCAUACUGCGUGAUGGUGGAAUUAUAGAAUAUUCUGAUGAAGGUGAAUCAGAAACUGGGGAACAAGCAAUUUCAUGUGAAUAUGAGGAAAAGAAACUGUUGACCGUGGAAUGUCUUGGAAUUGUAAAAACAGAAGGAUGUUCACUAUCAGAUGCCAUUAGAGAUGAAGUCAAAGAUGGUGAACUGGAGAAAUUAAAUGCAUCUCCAUCAACAUCUGCCAGUUUGUCUUGGACUAGCUCUGAAAGUCAUUUUUCAGGCUCUCAUGGAAAUGGAUCCAGAAAGAGCCAUGAAUUAGCAGUAAGACAGAAACAAGGCAAUUUCGUUUCAGUUACUGCUUCUUCUCCCAAGCGACGCUUGGGCAAGUCAUGUCGCCAAAUAAAACGUCGGGAAAUUGGUAGCAUGAAGGAGCAAGGAGACACAGACUGCUCAAAAUCUGAGACUCUUGUGGAAGGUCAUCCAAAUGACAUGGAAGAUGGGAUUGGACCGCCUCCUUGUUCAGAGACUACACCAGAGCAAACAUCUGGUGAGGAAAAUUGUUGCGCAAAAGUUUUUCCAGAGGAUACACAGGACAUACCUCCACUUGAAGAAGGCAGUAGGUUAGACUCUGGCAGUGAUGCAAGUGCGAGAGACGAAGAUAUAAAGAUGGAAAGGAUACUGGAGCAACAGACCCAGAUUGUAGAUCAAUGCCAAUCAGAAGAAAACUUGCAACAAGACCAGGAAGAGAAAGCCAAAGAUGUCACCGUUUCUAUAAUGGAUAAGCAUCAUGAGCAGGAAAAAUAUCUGAAGGUUCUCCCUGAACCUGCCGAGCAUCCUGAUGCUUCUAUAAAGGCCAUCACACAAGCUGCAUCAGUUGAUAUUGAAAACUCUGUUGCCGAUAUGAAAUCAACACCAGAAACAAACUGCAAUAGAGAAUCAGUGAUCAGUACUCGUGUACAUGAUGUCCUGCCCAAAAUCAGUCAAGACACUGCAAAAACAGAAAUUGGAUCAAAUUGGAAACCUAGUCAUGAGAAUGAACAUUCUUUCGAGGCUAUUCCAGCUGACAGAAAUAGAGAUAUUGCAAUGGGUUUAGUUUCUAACAGUUUUGCCUCUGCACAAGCAGACAGCAAUAUAUCAGUGAAGACAUCUCCAAAUGAGUUAAAAUUUGGUGAUGUUCUACGUAGAGAUUCAUAUGCUGCCUUGAGCAAAGGGAAGCAACCCAUGUUUUAUGUGGAAACGCCUUCCCCAAGUACACCGGGCAGCUUAAGAUCCCAAAUGUCAUGGCGUGGACCUUCAGCUAACCAGAAUGCAGUGGUGGCUUCAGCAUCACAAAGUCAUUUUGGUAGCGCUUCGCCUAAUGAUUUAGAGGGCGUGUUGAAGAACCUACAGCUGGCUAGAUUUUCCCUCCAAUCGAGAUUGGAAAAGUCAUCACUCAGCAAGGGUAAAAUAGUUGCUACAAGUGACGAGGCUAAGAUCGCUGAAGAAAGCAUGAAGCUGCCCUUUAUUAGCUGUUCAGGGUUGUUCAGGCUACCUCCAAGCUUACAUGAUUCAGAAACUGGAUUCAGCUCGCAGUCUUUGCAUUCCAAUUUGGUAACAAGGCCUGCACUUAGUGAUCAACGUCGUCACCGUCAUCGUGACUCCAGAUUUCAGAUUUCUGCUGGAAACAUGUAUUCUUAUGCACCCUCGAUUGCUCCAUCUGCAUCAUCUGCACAACCUCAAUAUGAAGAUCCUUAUUCACGCUUUGCUGGGUUCCAGUAUUCUCAUACGGAUGAGCAGAACAGAAAUUUUCGUUGUUGACAAUUAUUUUAAACCAGCCUUUUGUGCAAGGAAUCCUGGGCAGGCUCUUCUAAAGUAUUCUGGAGGUUGUUUAACUCAUUCCGGCCCAUUCUGUAGAAUAAGGCUAGCAAUUUCCUAUCCUGUAUUUGCUAAAUUUUGUGCAUGUCAGAGGGGGAAUUUUGUUUUAUUGAUGAAAGCAAAAACAUGUAACACCAUUAUUUUAGAUCGAUGGUGAUGUAGUUACGGGCUUUUUCAGUUUUGGUAAAUCUUAUGUUUAUCGUUGUAGUUCACCUGUUCUGUUGUAUCCAUGGCAUACAAUACACAAAUAUCAGUUUUAGUUC